AAUAAAACCAGAGCUCCUCUGCUCUGCUUUUUGAAUUUGAGUUUCUACCAUUCGAGUUUUCUCCUUUCUUCCCAAAAAGAAAAAACCAGAAGAAAAAUGGGAACAUCCGAAACUACUCAAUAUUUUCCUUCCCAACUGGAUGAAUCAUAUCGGCAUCUUCCAUCUAUCUACUUGGUUUUCCUCUCAAUCUGGUUCCUCUCUGCUUGUUCUUGGACUAUCAACACUUACAAAAAUCGCCAUUUUCAGAUGAAUAAUUUGCAGUGGACACUUGCAUCUGUUCCGUUAAUUAAAGCUUUGCAGCUCACUCUGUCAUUCCUCUUUUGGUAUUCAUGCUUUUAUCUUCAUGUAUGCUCACUGUGGAUGUCAUUUGGAGUGUAUGUUACUGGCGUGCUCUUUCAGACAGCUUCCUUUGUGUCAUUCUUUCUCAUCUCUCAUGGGUAUUCUAUCACAUGUGAGAGCCUCUCUUUAACUGAGCGCCGUACUACAGCUGCACUUGGCCCUUUCAUCGCCCUUUUCACACACAGGUGGACUUUUAGGUCACAAGAGUUGGCGCCACGGUUUUCUGUAAUGCCAACUCUAAAGUCUAAAGCAGAGACAAUGGUCCCUCCCAUCUUCAGUAUUGAAAUGGAUGCAGAGACUUUCAGAACCUUUAGAAGUCAUGAGUGGCACAUUGGGGUGCCAACAUCUGGUUCUCAUGAUGAAAGGUAUAGAGAUUCAGUUAUAGUGAUAAUUCAGCACCCACAUUGAUACUGCCAGAUGGUUGCUGCAUCUUAAGUAUGCUUUUUAUCCUAAACAUUCUACCAUGCAUACAUAUAUAUACACAAACACCCCCUCAGAAUACAGGCAGGUAGUUGCUGCAUCUUCAGUGUGCUUCUUAUCCUAAACAUUCCACCGUAUAUAUACACACACACAAAAGCAAAUACAGGGAGAGAGUUGGUGCAUCAGAGUUUAUAUAUCUGGAGACAAACACUUUUUUUUUUUUUGAUUGUAUAAAUGAUAUAGCUAUGUCAAAGAAUUGUUAAUGUUGGUUCGUAGUUGAUUAAGUUGGAUUUAGUGGAAAGUGUAUGUAUUCUAUUCUUCCCUUUUGACAUGUGGUUUUGAGGGUAUUAUGGUAAAAACAUGCUUAAAAA